CCUUACGAUCACGUGAAAGUAUUACGACUGGACUGACAGACUAUACAGGGAGGCGGACCAAGACCGAGACGACUUGCUUCUCUUGAUAAAUUUACCGAAGAUUGUACCAAAAUGUUGCUGGUUCUUGAUGACGAACACAAGGAGCAUCUAAACUUUCUCGCUAACGUAGACAGUAGUGUUCUUCAGGAAUUUUGCAAAAUUGCUCUUGAGUUUAUGAGGAAAGGUAUCGCACAGAAAGUUUACCAGGGUGCAGCACAGAAGCUGAACGUCGAUGCAGAGACGGUCAAACAUGGGGUGGAAGGCCUCAUGUACCUCCUGACAGAGAGCGCUAGACUCAUGGUCUCAGAGCUGGAUUUCCAGGACUCCAUUGCAAUACUAGGCUUCUCCCAAGGCUUAUGCAAAGACCUGCUGGGUCUGUACACGGAGAACCGAGCUGAGAUUCGUAGUAUACUGGGCGAGAUGGCCAUGGACUUGCCGCACUAUCGCAACCUGGAAUGGAGACUAGAUGUCGAGCUUGCCAGUCGAUCCCUGCGACACCAGACCAUUCCCACCGUCGUCAUGAAGCUGCACACGGAAGACUGCGGCAAGAAGGAUGUCCAUGUAUUACAGACAGACCCGGUCAACCUGGUCCACUUGACCCAAACACUAGAGGGCGCCCUAGCAGAGGUCAAGACGCAGCAUUGUAGAAGAAUAAUCAGAAAUAUCAAUAAAUAGAUUUAUUAGUAUAGCUAAAGAUUUGUAUUACAAUGUGUAUAGAUACUAUAAUAAAAUGUUAACAUAUUUCUUUUUGAGUACUUAUAAGUAAAGAAUUGGAUCCAAUUUUUAAUAUCAGAUGUACCGGUAUGCAUAUACCAUAAAUCUAGAUGAAUGGAGAUACGAAAUUGGAAAAUCAUAUUUGAAACUUCAUUCUUAGGCAUGAUAAGGAUGAUAAGGUAUGUGUAAAAGUAAUUGUAUUGUUAUCUUCCUGGGCCCCGUUACACAAAACUUACCAUUGAUGGUAACUUUGCUAUCAAUGUUAACUAUAUGUACCGUAGAAACCUUGAUUUUGACUGGCUGUUGAGCCCUGGCAAAUUUACCAUCAAUGGUAAAUUUUAUGCAACGGGCCCAGUUGGAUAAAGGGUACGAGUGGCUGCAAAGCUAGGACAGUCAUUAAAAACCUAUCUCACAUCUGUACAGCA